ACAUACUUCCGUUUUCACGUAGACGGACGCGUGUUUAUGUAUUUGUUAAAUUUCUACUGAUGUGAACAUUAUGUAAUUAUAUAAUAGAUCUAAAAUUAUUAAAAUGAACUCAAGAGCGAUCUAUCCAGAAAGCUUUGCGAGAAAUCUGCCUUACACUUGUUCGUUGGUUGCCAGCAAAUUUCUGAAAUGUCUUGGAAUUUAUAUAUCAUACGAACUACUUAAAUCAGUUCAUGUGGUACCAUUUUUAUUUCUAGUCCACGUAUUUUCGGCUCUUCCGUUCCUUCUUCUUCAAAAACCAUUUUCAACUGGAAAACACCUUACCAGAAAUGAAUGGUUGAAAAUAUUUAGGUAUUCACUUGGUAAUGUUUUAAUAAAUGUUCUAUGGAUGUUCGGAUUAACUCAAUGUGGUCCUCUUAGAACACUACUCUUGUACGAACAUUCAUCAAUAGUUGUUCUUGCUUUACUUUCUGCUCUAUUCACGAAUUCUGGCAGUCCCGCUAAGUUACGUGGAGGUGUUUUCUUCGUCGUAGCUGCUUUUGGUCUCCUUGCCUUUGAUCACGAUGAUAUGAGAGAACAUGCAGCCCAACACGGUGAUGAUCAUCAACAUAGUGGGGUCGUAUCACACCUGUUUGAACAUUUAACCCAUUGGACUGGCCUAAGCGACCAUAAGGGUGGUGUAAUGCUCUUAUUGCUAACUUUAUGCGCUAGAGUAGGCUACGAAAGUUAUUCCAGAAAAUUAGCUGUUGAAAUAGGUGGAACGAAACGUUUACGUGCCUUAAUUAGUUUCUUUUCGGCCGCAUGGAUGCUACCAUGGACCCUGUUUAAUUUAACAUUCUCAUCUGAAAUUCAAGUGUCCUUUUUUUCAUUGAUAAUACCAUGCCUAUUUGUAGCAAUUUUUGUGUUUGUUGUUGAUUAUUACGUUGAAAAUCUUUCCACUCAAAAAUUGGAACCUCAUCGCUGCGCGCGAAUUACUAUGUUUACAAUAGUUGUCAUAGCUCUUCUUAUUGGAGCUUUUUGGCAAAAUUCAUAUCAACCUGUUACGGAUGUUGCCAACAACACUGCUAUAUUAGAAGAUCAUCAAAUGUCCGGAGGAGUUGUGUUUAGCGUUGUUCUCUUCUUGUUUGCAACUCAAAUAUUAACUGAACCAUCGAGAACAACUAGAGGCAGUUUCAUAGGUUAUUCUCCAGCCGGAAUGCCCUUAUAUAAUUUAAGUGGCGAUGCAUUCCAUAGAACGUCUAGUUCUAUUUUACUUAUUGCAAAGAACGGUCUUAGACAAAUUUUGGAAGAAAAUGAUUCUAGGAAAAUCUUUUAUUUCCUUUGUCUAAAUCUUAGCUUUACAUUUAUUGAACUGAUUUAUGGAGCUUGGACAAACAGCCUUGGCUUAAUAUCGGAUGGAUUCCAUAUGCUUUUCGAUUGUUCGGCGUUGGUUAUGGGUCUAUACGCAGCUGUAAUGAGUCGGUGGGCACCUACUAGGACGUUUUCUUACGGAUUUGAUAGAGUUGAGAUUCUAUCUGGUUUCAUAAACGGCUUAUUUCUUGUCGUCGUAGCAUUUUUUGUUUUCUCUGAAUCCGUGGGAAGGUUAUUCGAUCCUCCCGAAAUUCGAACUGAACGUCUACUCUCAGUUGCAGUGGCCGGUCUAAUUGUUAACCUAUUAGGAAUUGUCGCUUUUAGUCACGGUCAUACUCACGGACACGGUCACAGUCACGGUGGUCACGAUCAUUCGCAUUCUACUUCCCAGAACACAAAUAUGAGAGGUGUCUUCUUACACGUUCUGGCCGAUACACUUGGAUCAGUAGGAGUUAUAGUUUCAUCUUUAUUGAUAGAGAAUUUCGGAUGGAAUAUUGCCGAUCCUCUUUGCUCAUUAUUUAUCGCUGUUAUGAUUUUUGUGUCCGUAUUGCCUUUAUUAAAAGAUAGCUCUUGCAUUUUGCUUCUUCAAGCUCCAUCCGAAUUGGAGGGAGACAUUGAGUCAAAAUUCAAAAAGGUACUUCAUGUAGACGGAGUGCUUGCAUAUAGGAAUGAACACAUUUGGAGGCAUUCAAGCAACGUACUCGCAGCAACAAUACACGUUCAAAUAAGCCCGCAAGCUUCCGAACAAAAAGUUCUCCUGCAAGUUACAGCACUGUUAAAAGAAUUAGGCGUAAGUAAUAUCGCCAUACAAAUAGAAAAGGAAACAUUUUUCCAACAUUUGGCGGGAUUGGGAAAACCUAUAGACGAAGACCUACGACUGGAUAGUAAGCCUAUACGUUAUAAAGGAUCUAUGAAAUCUAUGAUACAUCUUCGGCAAGCUUCAAUGGAUUGUGCCGCUCAAGCGGCUUCGAAUUAUCAAUCUCUAAGGUCGCUGGGAGAGGAAAGUCGAAAAUUGUGCUCCCUAGCCUCUCAUUCAAGAAAAUGGAAUAGAAAGAAUGAAUUGGAAGACGAGUACUACGAUACGAACGAGGAGUACGGAAAUAUUACGGAGGAAAUGGCCUACUCAUCUAAUGGUCGGUCUCCCCUCAGAGCUUCUCAUGAAUUCUACAAUAGCCAAGAAACGGAUAGCGGGUUCGACAAUAGUGCCAACAGUAAUCGGCUCCGGCAUAGCUUAAACAGACCGUUCACUCCUCCUCUCGGCUAUUCAAGAGCGCAUAGUGAAUGUGGAAGAAAAGCCAUGUCUGAAAGAGCCGUUGGAGAUCUCCAAAGAAUAUUAGAGGAAAGUGAACAUAGAAGAACAAUGCUAAUGGAAAAAUUAAGAGAAGCUCAAGAUACAAUUCAAAUGCAGGCCAAGAGAUUGAGCGAAACCGAAACGAUACUAAAAGAUAAUGAAUUUGAAAUGAAUGACCUUCGUUUUAAAACUAAAGAGCAAAAACAGAAAUUAGAAACUUAUGAACAGGAUAAAGAUAGUUAUUUCACUCUAAGAAGUGAACAUGCAAGAUUAAAAGAGGAUAUGCAAAACAAGGUUGAAAAUUUAGAAAUAGAAUUAGCUUCAAUGAGAACUCAAACAAGUUUGGCUCAGGCUGAAGCAAAGAAAAAACAAGAAUUAUUAGAGCAAUCAUCGUUAUCUAUUGCUCACUUAAAUAGUGAUAAUGCCAAAUUAGCUCAAGCUAAAGAUAGUUUAAUGAGGGAAACAAAUGCUUUAAAGGAGUCAUUAGAAUUAUCGAGAAGUAGAAACGAUUGGUGGGAAUCUCAGAAUCGGGAACAUAACGGAGAAACGGAUCGUUUAAGGGAACAAGCUAGAACGUUGUUAUCGCAAAAUAACGAUUUGAGCAAACAAUUAUCGGAUUCUAGAAGAAUGAAUACAGAGAUUAAAGGGGAAAUUUCGAUUGAGAAAAAGGCAAAUGAAGAAUUAAAGGCUGAAAAACAAAAAUUAACUUCCGAAUUAGAGAUGUAUGAAAGGAAUAUAGCGGAUAUGAAAUCUACGGCAUCGACAGCAUGCUCUGAUAAGGAAAGAUACUUUCAAGAGAAACUACAAUUACAGCAUCAACUACAAGAUUCUACUGCUGAAAAUGAACAUUUGAAAAAGAGUAAAAGCCAACUAGAGGAACGUUUCGAAGAAGUUAGUCAAGAAUUGGAAAGGAUAACGAAUGAUACAGCGUCGAAACGAACUCAGCAAACUAAAAUUGAUGAGGAAUUGGCAGCAGUUAAAAAAGUAUCCGAAGUACUCUCAAUAGAAUUGGCAACGACUAAAGCGAGCUUGGAAAAGGCAGCUGAACAGAAUAAAUCAUUAGAACAGAGUAAGACAAUAGCUUUUGAACAGCAUAGUUUAUACGAGCAAGAAAUUCAAAGCUUGGAAAUGCAAAUUGAGAAUAUGAAAAAGUCAAUGGACAGUAUGAAAAGAGAUUAUAAAAAGGAAAAAGAUGGCGUUGGUGAACAUGCUCAAAAACUCCGAGAAGAAUUAAGAUCUUUAAAAGUUGAAAGGAAUCAAUUGGAAUCGAAAUGUCACGAGUUAGAAUCGAGCUUGAAACAAGCCGAAACGAACUUGAGAGAUCAUUCGACAGAACAAUUGAGAGAGAUUGAUAAUUGGAAGUCGAAUGUUGAGAAGUUGACCGCCUCUUCUAGCCGUAAAGACUCAGAGAUCCAGAAUUUGAAUAAAAGAAUUCAAGAAAUGGAGGUCGAAAUCGAUUUUCUAAAGAACGAUCAAUCAGGAUUUAGAUCACAAUACGAGGAUUUGAUGGAAGCAAAGGAAGCAAACACCAGAUUAACAGAAGAAAAUAGGAGAUUAGUUCAAGAAAGAGCUGAAAAUCAACAACUCAUACAACUAUUGGAGAUGCAAAAGAGUAUUUUAGCAAAAACCUCGGAAGGAACAUUAAGUAAGAUUCACGACGCGGAACAACUUCAAUGCAAAGUAAACCAAUUGACAGCUGAAAAUGAUCUUUUACUGGACAAACUGAAAGAGGCGGAAAGGAUAAAAGAUAAUCUAAUUAAACAAAAGGAGGAACGCCUAGCCGAUAGCGAUCUCUUCCUUACGCAAGCCGGUCAAGAAUCUUUCAAUAAGCAAAUAGAAGACUUAGAUAAUGAGAGGAAGGCUUUAGCUGAUCUUAACUCAAAAAUUACAGAACAACUAACAAGAUUGGAACAAGAGAAUUUUAAUUUGAAAUCAAUGACGGAAACUUCCGUCAGUAAAACUGACCUGAGAAGAGUAGAAUUAGAAAAGAGUAGUCUACAAGAGGAUGUGGAAAGAUGGAAAAGGCAAUUUGAACAAUUAGAGAAGAGACAUCAUGAACUAUUAAAAGACAAGUCAAGAACCACUACUUCAGAUACCGACACAAGCAAAUUAAAAUCUCAAAUAAAGCUUUUAGAAAGCUCUAGAAAAAGAGUUGAAGAAGAAUUAGAAGUACUUAAAAGAACAAGGAACGAAAGCGGUGCUAAUGAAAUAAGUCGGCUACAAGGUGAAUUAAUCGAAGCUAAAACCCAUAUUACUCGUCAAGAUUCAUUAAUACGGUCAUUCAAAGAGCAAUCGUUAGAUGAUGCUGGAUCGGAAUUGAGUCAAGUACGUGACGAGUUGAACAAAUUAAUGUUACUCAUGCAAGUGAAAGAAGGCGAAAUUGAGGAUUUAGAUACUCAAUUAAAGGAGGCUAAGAAAGAGAUCGAUAGAAAGGAUUCGGAAGUUCGUAAAUUAAGGGCAAGUUUUGAAUCUAGACAAAAGAACGAAGAAAAUAUUAUAGAGGAUUGUAGAACGGAGAAUGAGCAAAUAGCUCAACUACAAAGGCAAAAGCAAGACUUACGAGCUAAAUUGGAAAUGGCGUCAGAACAGGACGCCGAACAAAUAGAGAGGGAGAUUAAAGCUAAGGAUAGACAAAUUGAGCGGCUAGAAGAGGUAGCGGCUUCUAGCACUUUAAGAAAUUUGGGCCAAAUGCGGCAGAUGGCGACUAAGAGGGGGGUAACAGAUGGCCCUGAGGAAACGAAUAGUUGGGAUAGUUCUAGCGAUGAGGCUUGCGAAAAGUCUAUUUCUAAGAUGAGAGAUAAGUUCGAAGCCACUAAAGAUGUUACAAAUGGUAUUAAAAAACUUCCUAAAAAAUCCUCCUCAACCUCUUCCACCCUUAUAUCUCCAACUAAAAGUUCUGCUGGCAAAACUGUUUCCAAAGCGAUAAAUCCAAUAAAAAGCGUAAAACCUCCAAUAAAAAGUUCCGCCCCUCCAACAUUCCCAAAGCCAAAAGUGAAAUCCAGUACAGACAGGAAUGGUGAUUCUUCACUGACAACAAAAAAAUUUGGACUAGCAGCCUUACGAGAAGCAAAAGGCUCAAAACCUGCAAGGUAG